CGGCGUGCUCCGCGGCGCUGAGCUCACAGCCACCCUUUGACAGGUGGGAGGGCGCUGAGAUGGCUGCGGCCGGCGCUGAGGCGACUCGGCUGCUACUGCUCUUGUUGAUAGCGGCGGCAGCGCCUAGCCGGGCCCGAGGCAAUGGCUGUCGGGCUGGAGCCGCGGCCCGGGGGGCCGGGGCCGAUGGCCGAGAAGGCGAAGGCUGCGGCACCGUGGGUUUGCUGCUGGAGCACUCCUUUGAGAUCGAUGACAGCAUGCACUUCCGGAAGCGGGGCUCACUGCUCUGGAACCAGCAGGAUGGCUCCCUGUCCCUGUCACAGCGACAGCUCAGUGAGGAGGAACGAGGCCGGCUCAGGGAUGUGGCUGCUCUGAAUGGCCUCUACCGUGUCCGGCUCCCGAGGCGGCCAGGGGCCACUGAGGGUGUGGAAGCUGGUGGCCAUGUCUCCUCCUUUGUCCCAGCGUGCUCCCUGGUAGAGUCGCACCUCUCGGACCAGCUGACUCUGCACGUGGACGUGGCCGGCAAUGUGGUGGGCGUGUCAGUGGUGACGCUGCCCGGGGGCUGCCGUGGCCAUGAGGUGGAAGAUGUGGACCUGGAGCUCUUCAACACUACCGUGCAGUUGCAGCCCCCCAGCGCCGCACCAGGCCCUGAGACAGCGGCCUUCAUCGAGCGCCUGGAGAUGGAGCAGGCCCAGAAGGCCAAGAACCCCCAAGAGCAGAAGUCCUUUUUCGUUAAAUAUUGGCACCUCAUCCUAGGGGGGGCCGUGUUGCUCACAGCCCUGCGUCCUGCUGCCCCAGGGCCCGCGCCGCCACCGCAGGAGGCCUGA